GCCGCCACAGCCCGGGCCGGGCGGGCCGCGGGCAGGCGCGGAGGCCGUCGGGCGGGGCGAGCCUCCCGCGCUCCCGGGACGGAGGGCCCCCGCGCGCUUCGCCCUGAGGCCCGCGAGGCCCCAGCCGAGCUUCGCCCCAGGGCCGCGCGCGGAGGGCCCCGAGGAGCCCAGCCAGCUCCGGCUCCGCCGAGGUGACAGGAGGAACCGAGAACCUCAGACAAGGCGAAUACUGCAAGACAUGUGCACCCCAGGCCUCAGAAGGCCCGUGAAGGAGACCGUCAGCUCACUGGCUGCCUGAGGCCUUACUGCCAGCGUGAGCCUCCCUGGAAAGCAUCCGUGCAUAAGGCAGCGUGUCCUGGCCGGCCCUGGCAGAGUGUGACUUCUGUGAUCCACUGAGGACUGACGUGCUCUGCAUCACUCCGGGCAGUGAUAGCAUGAAACACAGCCACCCCCAAGGUUCCACCCAGGCCCUUGCAGGAAGAAUCACUGAAUGGCUGACCUUUGACAACAUGCACCACCAGUGGCUUCUGUUGGCCGCAUGCUUUUGGGUGAUUUUCAUGUUCAUGGUGGCUAGCAAAUUCAUCACGUUGACCUUUAAAGACCCCGAAGCAUACAGCGCCAGACAGGAGCUUCUGUUCCUGACAGCCGUGCCAGACGCGGGGAAGUUGCCAGGAGAGAAGCACUUUCCUGAGGAACUGAAGCCCACUGGGGCAAUGCUCCCAGACAGCCAGCUUGCUCAACCCCUGGUCUAUCUGGAGCGCCUGGAACUCAUCCGCAAUGUCUGCAGGGAUGAAGCCCUGAGGAAUCUCUCGCACACUGCCGUCUCUAAGUUUGUCCUGGACCGAAUAUUUGUCUGUGACAAGCACAAGAUUCUUUUCUGCCAGACUCCCAAAGUGGGCAACACGCAGUGGAAGAAAGUGCUGAUCGUGUUAAAUGGAGCCUUCCCUUCCAUCGAAGAGAUCCCCGAAAACGUGGUUCAUGACCACGAGAAGAACGGCCUGCCUCGACUCUCUUCCUUCAGCGAAGCAGAAAUUCAGAAGCGUUUGAAAACAUACUUCAAGUUUUUUAUUGUAAGAGACCCCUUCGAGAGACUGAUUUCUGCCUUUAAGGAUAAGUUUGUUCACAACCCCCGCUUCGAACCUUGGUACAGGCAUGAGAUCGCCCCCGGCAUCAUCAGGAAGUACAGGAGGAACCGGACAGAGACCAGGGGCAUCCAGUUUGAAGAUUUUGUGCGCUACCUGGGCGAUCCAAACCACAGGUGGCUGGACCUUCAGUUUGGGGACCACAUCAUUCACUGGGUGACGUACGUGGAACUGUGCGCACCCUGCGAGAUCAAGUACAGCGUGAUUGGUCACCACGAGACCCUGGAGGAUGACGCCCCGUACAUCUUAAAAGAAGCGGGCAUAGACCACCUGGUGUCGUACCCCACCAUCCCUCCAGGCAUUACCAUGUAUAAUAAAACCAAGGUGCAGCACUACUUCCUGGGCAUCAGCAAACGAGACAUCCGGCGCCUGUAUGCACGUUUCGAAGGGGACUUUAAGCUCUUUGGGUACCAGAAGCCAGAUUUUUUGCUGAACUAAUGCGUAGGAUUGUGAAUUCAAGUAUCUUUGUUAGACCAGAGGCUAACCAAGUGGAGAUCUGAGCACAGAAAUGACACUUCCAUCAUCGCGCUGCUCCUGAAGACUCCCGCAGUCUCCAUGGACCUGUGCGUGCCUCGGCUGAUAAAGCUGGACCCUGACCGUUACGACUCACUUUGGGCAUAAGGUGCGCUGAGGGCCCUUGGCCCCUCCCCACCCCUACCAGUGCCAUUGGGCCUUUGCUGUCCUCAGCAGGGGAAAAGGACUAAACAUCGCAGUUUUACAGACCGGGAGGGAACAUUACACGGCGUCAGGAGUCAUUUCCCUCAGUUGUCAAAGAGGCGGACACACUGCCGGCUCCUGUGGAUGGUGGGGCGGUGCUGCCUGCCGCCAGUGGGUUGCAGGAAUGGCACCCAGCACUUUCACAAGGGAUGGAGAAGCUUCUGGUCUGCAGAAGUCACAGGGGCUCACACGGUGAAAUCUGAGUAAUAACAUGGCAUCUCUGGCCCUCACCUUGGUGCUGCUGUCAUCGCAGAGGCAAACCAUUCUUUCUGUGACUGUUUUGUUCCUGUGAACUUCAGGAUGCCCGAGGGCCCUUUUCAAUAAUCCGUCUUUUCAGGGUACGUGUCUGCGUGCUGCUCGUCCCUGUGUCUGAACCUCCGCCUCCCAACUGACUAUCUCAUUUAGCCCAAGAGAUGUAUUUUGAAGUGAGGGGAAUGUAUGAUCUUUCUACCUGAGAAAGGGACCAUCUUUGGGCAACUUAGAAGGAACAGGAAGCGCUGGCUGGGUCCGGAGCUCAGGCUGCUGUGGAUUUGGUCACGUCCAUCCUGAUUAUUGCCUGCCUCUUGUCUUUGACUGUCCUGUCUGGAUGCGGGGUUCUCUCCCUGUCUUCUCCAGGGCCCACCCCUGGGGCCGAAGGCAAGCAGGGCAACAUGCCAGCAUCGCAGAAUCAGUGCAGUUUACACAUUUCAGUUUCCUUUCAUCUCAGCAAAAUGCUCACCACUGAACCCAUUUCUGAUAAUGCCAUCAUCCCGGACUAUAAGUUGGAUAAUCAAGUUCACCAGCAAUAAAAUCCUGGGCCCCGGCAGCCUCCAGGAACGCAUCUUCCAGGCCCUGAGAGCAUGCCAUGGCUCCCAUCUCAUGCUGUCUGACAGUGAGGGCCCUCGAGAUAUGGGACAGCUUCCCUGGUAACAGUCCCAAGUGCUUGACUCUGCACAGCGCCCCGAGCCCAGCCUUUCCUCCAGGCAGCCUCAGCCUUCCCUUCCUCAAAAUGCCUUCCUUAGUUUGUAAAUGUGAAAGUAAAAUAAAAUUAAAAAUAUGUGCCAAACCUGA